UUUGAUUCUCUUGUUUCGAAACCCCAACCUGCUGUAAACAUCACCACCCCUGCUACUCCAAGUUGGGUUGCAAGCUUGAGUUGGGCUAUGAGUGCCAAUGCUGUUGUUCCAGGUGAUACUUUUGGUCUUACUAUGCCAUGUGUUUUUACUUUUACAAAUGGAAACAAAACUUUUGAUUUACAGGCGGAAGGCAAAACAUAUGCUACAUGUUUGUUGACGGCAGGAGAAAUGUCACUUUCAUAUUCGUCUGUGCAGUGUACUGUCACCAAUGAAAUAAACAAUGGAGAUGUUGUUGACGGUAUCGCAUACUUCCCUAUCACGUUCAACGUUGGAGGGUCAUCCAAUCCAGUCGAUUUAGAAUGCUCCACAAGGUUUAAACCAGGGAUGAACACUAUUACGUUCAGUGAUGGGAAAAACUCUCUCUCAAACACUGCUAUAUUUAAUGGCGGCGAAGAGAUUAGUCGAAUUGUACUGGUCCAAGAAGGAAAUAAUCUGGUACUUGCAAAUGAAACCAGCCACGUGAGAUAUCUUCCGCAACAGGGUGUUUAUCAAGGGUUCGAGGUGUCAGAAGAUUGUGGUGAAAACGAAAGCACCUGUGUCGAGAUGGGCCUCUUCUUGAAUGGUGGCUCUCUUAAUUGUUCUUCACUUAAUGUUUUUAUUGCCAAACCGAACGAGUUCAAUGAGUGGGGCUUUCCUACAAUUGCCAGAAAAGUUAAAUACCGUUUGUUUUUUUGUACCAAUCAGCAAGUAACCCUCAAAGUCGACCAAACCCCUCCAGGAUAUCGUGUAUACUUCGAUAUCCAGUUUAAAUAUCCACCAGUCAGUCGUAUCGGAACAAGAUCAUUUGCAUCCACUUUUUGCGGAUUAGAUAAUCAUUACUCCACAUGGGGUAAAACCAUUAGUUCACUAAAAGUGGGAGAAGCUGGAUCCAAUGGUCAUAUUCUCAAAAACUCUUCUACUACAACGGUCACAUCAGGCUGGACUGGUUCUUUCACUACUACUGUGACUAGACCAGGAAACGGAACCAACACUGUGAUCGUUGAGACUCCUGUCCCAACUACUGCUACUACGACCGUUUCCAGCGGAUGGACUGGAUCGUUAACCACUUCCGUGUCCAGAACCGGUACUGAUGGAACCAAUACUCUGAUUGUUGAGACCCCU